AUGGUUCAGUGCCUUGAAGCUUCAAUUACUUCUUCUACUACUCCGGCGACACGAGGCGGCUCUGACGUGGGAGGGGUGGACGGAUCACGGAUGGUGGAUCUCCAGCUCGCACGCAAGAAUGCAACACGCGUCAGAGGGUUGCCGAUGAUCUGCUGGCCGCUCUACGCUGAGCAGGGGUUGAACAAGGUGUUGAUGGUGGAGGAGAUUGAAAGGAUCAUGAAGAUCGCCGUGGCGUUGCGAGGAUACAAGCAAGGAAUGGUGAAGGCGGAGGAGGUCGAGGCCAAGGUUAGGCUGGUGAUGGAGACGGGGGAAGGGACGAAGCUCAGGGAGACGCUGGCGGUGGCGAGGAAGAUGGCGGUGGACGCGAUCGGUGCAGACGGGUCUUCUGAAGUGGCAUUUGCCGAGUUCAUGAUGGAUUUGGAGAAUUCAGUUGAUCAAGCUGUAUAA